AUGACCCGUCGCCAGGAGGGGAACCGUCUUAACGGUGUUUGUGAACCAGCAAGCUACGAGUCCUGGGACAGCCUGGCCUGGCCUGUGCCACCUGCUGGUGAUAGUCGAGUGGCGAGGGACGCCAUUGAGGUCGCCCACAGCAGAAAAUUGACCACGGAGGUGGCAGAGCCUUUCAAAUGGAGCGAGCAGUAUCCAAUGGCAACAUCCUCACUGGGACCUGGAAUGGCUCCAAAUCAGUCCACCGUCUGGCGGUCAUGCACCUCCUGCGCUGUGGUUACGAAAGUUCCAUCCAUCACUCAGUUUGCGGCCAAGUCACCAAAUCCUGAGCAAUACCAGGAAUAUCCAUUUGCUUCGAAUGCCAACUCUUUGAGUCAGCAUGGAUUCAGUCCACCUAGACGUCCGGCAUCACCUAGGGACUUCGAGCCAAAAUCAGAAGCGGAGGAUGAGCUGCAAAGAGCAGAGGCGCAGUAUUAUCUCGCAAAAGAGAAAGCGACGGCGGCAUUAAAACAUCAGUCGGAGUCAAAGCAACACAAUUCCGCCACGCCACGAUCCCUUCGGGUGCCCCACAAAGUCAUCGAACGUCGCUAUCGCCACAACCUGAAAUCUAACCUUGACGUGCUUAGUGCCAAGCUGCCGACUCUGAACAACUUCUGCGAUAGCACACUUGGCCUCGAGGACUCCAACCGGUAUUUGAAGGCCCCUUCCAAGGCUACGGUCAUUACCGCGGCGGUGAAGUAUAUCGAGGAGCUAGAGACUAAGGCCGUGGCCAGGGACGAAUUCACCGUGCGAAGGACCGAAUUCAUUUCGUCUUUGCAGCUCCAGGUAAGUACUAAUGCGUGA